AUGGCGGCAGCAAACACUGAGGCCUAUUGUUUCUCCUCCUCUACCUGCUCUGAUGUGGUCAAGGUCCAGAGAGCUGAGCAGUUGGCAAGCGGACCACUAGCAGCAGACGACAUCUUCACUUGGCUCUCCCCGAAGCCGUACGGCCCCGCUGAAAGGAAGAAGGUCUCCGAGGCUCCCCUGUCUCUCCUCAUCCUCAUCCUCAUCCUUAUCAUUACUUCUGCUUCUUGCAGCCAGCCAAAAGUUCCUGAGUGGGUGAACAGCCCAUCCACCUGCUGCCUGAAGUUUUAUGAGAAAGUGUUGCCAAGGAGACUGGUGGUGGGAUACAGAAAGGCCCUCAACUGUGACCUGCCAUCAAUCAUCUUCAUCACCAAAAGGAACUGAGAAGUCUGCACCAACCCCAGUGACAACUGGGUCCAAGAGUACAUCAAGAAUCCCAACCUACCUUUGCUGCCCUCCAGGAACUUGGCCACGGUUGAAAUUAUUACAGCAAAGAAUGACUAAGCCCAGCUCCUCAACUCCCAGUGA